UUAACCCGGACCUGCUAAACCCAGUAGUCCAAAUAACAUCGAAAUCGUAGUUCAAAAGUCGCCUAGGUUCUUAAUUGGUGGGGUGGAGUCGAAAUUCCACGAUUCUCGACCAAUCAGACGUCAGAUUUGGAAAGGUAUGGACAGGGGUCACCUUGAAGAACUAAAUUUGUCUGUAUUUUGAAUAACUUCUGUGUGCGGCUUUUGAAAAUUGGGAAAUAAAUAACAAAAUUACUGUUUAUACCGGCUUAGGGCAGCAGCCAAAAUGACUGAAAAAACGGGGGAGAAAUUCGUGGAACGGGGGGCCUAUAAGGGCAAGGGUAUCGCAGUAUUUACCAGUGGAGGAGAUUCACAGGGCAUGAAUGCAGCUGUAAGGGCUGUAGUACGUAUGGGAAUUUAUUUGGGAUGUAAAGUUUACUUUAUCAAAGAAGGCUACCAAGGAAUGGUUGAUGGUGAGGAAUUCAUUGUAGAAGCCAAUUGGUCCAGUGUUAGUUCUAUUAUUCAUUUGGGUGGUACUGUUAUUGGUUCUGCUCGUUGUAUGGAAUUUAGGGAAAAAUCAGGUCGUCUAAAGGCCGCCAGAAACUUGGUGAAAAAAGGCAUCACUAACUUAGUUGUCAUUGGUGGUGAUGGUAGUUUAACUGGUGCCGAUUUGUUUAGACAAGAAUGGUCUGUUCUUUUGGAAGAACUCUUGAAAACCAAUCAAAUCACGGCGGAAGAACGGGAAAAAUGCAAAACAUUGCAAAUAGCUGGAUUGGUGGGUUCUAUUGAUAACGAUUUCUGUGGCACCGACAUGACCAUUGGUACUGACAGUGCUCUCCACCGUAUUAUUGAAGCAAUUGAUGCCAUAGUCAGUACCGCUUACUCCCAUCAACGCACAUUCAUUAUGGAAGUCAUGGGUCGUAAUUGUGGGUAUUUAGCCGUGGUGGCCGCUUUGACAUCAGAAGCGGACUACGUAUUCGUGCCCGAGAGCCCACCACCAGAUGAUUGGCAAAAACGUCUUUGCGAUAAACUGGAACAGGAGCGUCAAAAUGGUCAACGUUUAAACAUCAUCAUUGUAUCCGAGGGAGCGAUCGAUCGCGAAGGUAAACCGAUCACAGCCGAACAAGUAAAAAAAGUCGUUGUCGACAAUUUGCAGCAAGAUACAAGAGUUACCGUUUUGGGGCACGUACAACGUGGUGGCAACCCUUCGGCAUUCGACAGAGUUUUGGGUUGCCGUAUGGGAGCUGAAGCCGUAAUGGCUCUGAUGGAAGCCGAUGAAAACACCGAGGCUUGCGUGAUCACAUUGGAGGGAAAUCAAGCUGUAAGGCUACCGUUGAUGGAAUGCGUUAAGCGCACAAAAGCUGUUGCUGCAGCUUUGGCUGAAAAACAAUGGGACAAAGCUGUGGAUCUCCGUGGUAAAUCUUUCGAGAGGAAUCUUCUGACAUACAAACUGUUGACCCGUUUGAAGCCCCCAAAGGACGCUUUCGACGAAAAAGGCAAAGGAAAGAAAGAAGAUGGGGAUCGUGUCAAAAGGGAGGGAUACACUUUUGGUAUCAUGCAUAUCGGCGCUCCAGCUUGUGGAAUGAACGCUGCAGUGAGGUCUUUUGUAAGAAACUGCAUCUACAGAGGUGACACCGUUAUGGGAAUCCAUGACGGCGUUGAAGGUCUCUUGGCUGGCAACGUGAGACCUCUUGCAUGGGGUGAUGUGACCGGCUGGGUAUCGGUGGGAGGAGCCUACCUGGGCACCAAGAGAACCCUCCCAGGCAAAAGGAUCGACCAAGUGGUCGCGAAACUCAAGGAGUUCGGAAUCCAAGGUUUGGUCAUUAUCGGAGGCUUCGAAGCGUACCAAGCCGGUAUCGAGUUGGCCGAGGCACGUGAAAAGUACGACGCAAUCAAAAUACCCAUCAUGAUUAUCCCGUCCACGAUCAGUAACAAUAUUCCUGGUACCGAAUUUUCCCUCGGUUGCGACACUGCUCUCAACGAAAUCACGGAGAUUUGCGAUCGCAUCAGACAGUCGGCUCAAGGUACGAAGAGGAGAGUUUUCAUUAUCGAGACUAUGGGUGGUUACUGCGGAUAUCUGGCAACCAUGGCCGGUCUGGCCGGUGGUGCCGAUGCCGCGUACAUCUACGAGGAAAAAUUCACCAUCAAGGAUUUGCAAAUGGAUGUUUACCACAUGGCCACCAAAAUGUCCGAGGGUGUGCAAAGAGGCUUGAUUCUUCGUAAUGAAAAAGCCAACGAAAACUAUUCCACCGAUUUUAUCCACAGAUUGUAUGCGGAAGAAGGAAAAGGGCUUUUCAGUGCCAGAAGCAACGUUUUAGGUCACAUGCAGCAAGGUGGGGCUCCGACUCCAUUUGAUCGUAAUUUGGGCACUAAAAUGGCCGCCAAGGCUGUCGAUUGGAUGGUAUGUCAAGUUAAAAAUAACGUCGAUGGUAACGGUAAAGUUUUAUGUAAUACUCCGCAAACGGCUUGUCUUUUGGGGAUCCAAAAAAGACAAUACACCCUCACUCCAUUGACUGUUCUAAAGGAACAAACCAACUUUGAACGAAGAAUUCCAAAGGAUGAAUGGUGGUUAAAACUACGCCCUCUAUUACGUAUUUUGGCCAAACACGAGUCCGCUUAUCAGGAAGAAGGCAUGUAUAUGACUAUUGAAGAGAGCACUGGCGAAGCCGCUCUUUAAAUUAUUUUUUUAAAUUGAAUAACAAAAGUUAUUUUAAAUAUAAAAAUUAUAAAAAUAGAAAAAAGUAUUAGUCAAAAAAGCACCCGUUUUAAAAGGCGGAGAUCUUUUUGAAUGGGCUUAUUAUGUAGGUUUUAGACGUGAUUUUUUGCUUGUUAAGUUAUUUAUCAACUUUUAUAAGAUCUUUAUAGGUCUCCUUCAACGAUUUUAUUUUUAUUUCAAAUCAGUUAUUUUAUUUUAUAUAUCAUCAAUAUAAAGAAUAUUAUGUACAGGCUUUAUUUAUAUUAUACUGUUUAGAAUUAAUUAUUGUUGUAAGAAUAAAACGCAGGUUAUUAGA